UGGCUGGGAGCCCCUGAUCCCUCUACGAACCAUAACAAGGCUUGUGACCGACGUCAAACUGGAACUGGUCGGUGGUUCUUGGCGCAUGAUCAAUACGGGAGCUGGAAGACGUCGCCAAAUUCAUUGUUGUUGAGAAACUUUCCGGGGCGCUCUGACACGUGUUUGCGCAGUUCAACGGCCGUGGAAGAUGCCAAAUAUACUUGCGCUACCGAUCCCGGCUUUCGGUCUGCUUGGGCCUGCUUUUACUUCGACUUUCAGGACGAAGCGAAACGGACCCUUGAAGGGCUACUACUCUCGCUUCUUUCUCAGCUCUUACUUCGGUCCCAAGACGUGCCCCACGCCAUAAAGUCUCUGUAUGAGAAGCGGAUUCAGGGGCGCCCGUCGGUCUCCGCUCUCUUAGCUUGCCUUGAGGACACAAUGAGGACGUUUCUUCUCGUGCGUUUGCGACUGGAAAUCUUUCGGAAAUGCACCACCCCAGAUGAGAUUACUGCUGUCCUAACAACAUUACCGAAAGACUUGUAUGCCACCUACGACCGCAUCUUGGAUCCGAUACCCGACCACAAGUUGGGUAACGUGUAUACCUUGCUGAUGUGGCUCACACAUUCGUACCGCCCAAUGACGCUACGUGAACUCUGUGAAUGUCUCAUGAUUGACAUCACCUCUGAGGAGCAUCCCCGAUUGAAUCCGGGAAAUCGUCCGUUCAAGCCCGAGUUGGCCUUCUCCGAGUUUUCUAGCCUUAUCACUAUAUCCUCGCCGGCGGGUCCUGAUUCCACAGUACAACUCUGCCACGCGUCCGUGAAGGACUACCUUGUAUCUGGGCACAAUCACAAGAUCGCGCUCGAACCCAAAGAUGCCAAUCGCAAGAUGGCAUUAUUUCUCUGGUAUUCUCAUGACAUGCUUGACGCGGCAACGUCGCAAAAUUAUACAGAAAUUACAGCUUUCUUGCUCGACCGGGGUGCCAAUGUCAAUGCGGGGAAUGUACUUUCAAUCGCGGUAGCGGGUGGUCAUCUUGAUAUCGUGACACUCCUGCUUGACCGGGGUGCCGAUGUCAACACCCGGAAUGCACUUGCAAAAGCGGCAGAGGGUCAUCUUGAUAUCGUGACGCUCCUGCUCGAUCGGGGUGCCGAUGUCAAUGCCGAGGAUGUACUUGCGAUCGCGGCAGUGCGCGGUCAUCUUGAUAUCGUGACACUCCUGCUCGACCGGGGUGCCGAUGUCAAUGCGGGGAAUGCACUUGAAAGUGCAGCAGGGGGCGGUCGUCUUGAUAUCGUGACGCUCCUGCUGGACCGGGUUGCCGAUGUCAAUGCGGGGGAUGCACUUGCAAGAGCGGCAGUGCGCGGUCAUCUUGAUAUCGUGACGCUCCUGCUGGACCGGGUUGCCGAUGUCAAUGCGGGGUAUGCACUUGCAAGAGCGGCAGUGCGCGGUCAUCUUGAUAUCGUGACGCUCCUGCUCGACCGGGUUGCCGAUGUCAAUGCCGAGUAUGCACUUGCGAUCGCGGCAGUGCGCGAGGGCGGUCAUCUUGAUAUCGUGACGCUCCUGCUCGACCAGGGUGCCGAUGUCAACGCGGGGAAUGCACUCGCAACAGCGGCACUGUACGGUCAUCUUGAUAUCGUGACGCUCUUGCUCAACCGGGGUGCCGAUGUCAACGCGGGGAAUGCACUUGCAAAUGCGGCAGGGGGCGGCCGUCUUGAUAUCGUGACACUCCUGCUCGACCGGGGUGCCGAUGUCAAUGCCGAGUAUGCACUUGCAAGCGCGAUAAUGGAAGGUCAUCUCGAUAUCGUCACACUUCUGCUCGACCGGGGUGCAGAGGUCAACUCUUGCGAUAAACAUGCGAAUACUGCUCUUGUGGAGGCAGCUGCUUUCGAUCGUCCCGAAGCUGUCGCACUGUUGGUUGGACACGGUGCC